UUUUUUGCUUUUGAUCAUUUAUUAAAAAAAUUCCUUGUGAUUUGAUUCUUUGAUGUUCUUUCAUUCUACUUUCUGGUAUACUUUUGAAUGUCAUUUAUGUAUUUUUCUAUGUUAUGGAUUCAAACAACUUUGUGUUCUUUACCAUAUUGACUUGUAAGAAGAUGCUAGAGAUUCUAGACUGCUCUCUUUCGUUGUUGUUGUUGUUGUGAAUCUAACACGGCUCUGCAAAGUUUAUUUGUUGGUCUGCUCCUAUGUCAAAAUGGUCUCUGUUGUUCAUAUUUUAUUCAAGUCCUGUGUUCUGUUUUCAUGUAAUAUGUGUAUAUUCUAAAAAGAAUGUUUGUGAUUAUGAGCAGUAACGGUAACAAUCAAGCUUUAGCAGCCGUUGAAUUAUCGCGGUUUCCAUCUGUAAAUGGGCUGCUUCCACUCAAAGGUAGCUAGAGAAUUCCGAGGACACGAAGACCCUGUAAAGCUUGCCUCCGAGACUGCCUUUAGUGUGAGUGAGGUUGAAGCAUUGUUUGAGCUGUUCAAGAGCAUAAGCAGUUCCGUUGUUGAUGAUGGUUUGAUAAACAAGGAGGAGUUCCAACUUGCCUUGUUUAAGAGCAGGAAAAGGGAGAAUAUAUUUGCCAACAGGAUAUUUGAUAUGUUUGAUGUUAAACGAAAAGGAGUAAUUGAUUUUGGAGACUUUGUAAGAUCACUCAAUGUGUUCCACCCCAAUGCUUCUCUAGAAGACAAAAUUGAUUUUACGUUUAGGCUCUAUGACAUGGACUGCACGGGUUUCAUUGAACGUCAGGAGGUUAAGCAAAUGUUGAUCGCCCUUCUCUGUGAAUCUGAAAUGAAGUUGGCUGAUGAAACCAUAGAGAUAAUAUUAGAUAAGACAUUUGAGGAUGCAGACGUGAAUCAGGAUGGAAAGAUUGAUAAAUUAGAGUGGAGGGAUUUCGUGAACAAAAAUCCAUCACUGCUUAAGAUCAUGACACUCCCAUAUCUCAGGGAUAUUACAACAACGUUUCCGAGCUUUGUCUUCAAUUCUGAGGUCGAUGAGAUUGCCGCAUGAAGAAACUGGUUCCACAAAGUUUGAAGAAAGAAGAAAGAACAAGACCAGUUCUGAGUUGAUCAGCAUCUGUUUGCAAAUACUGUAGAGCUAGAGCAUAUCUUUUUUUUUUUUUAAUUGUUUAAUUUUCUGGGUCCUAUUUAAUUCUCGGAACAGUUUUGAAAUCUUGAGUCUUUUAGCUUAAAAAGUGUAUCAUCAAUCCAAUCCUAUACGUCAUACAUACAUAUACUUAGGAGUUCGUAGUUUUGUACAUAUCACACCAUAUACUUCUGUAAAGAUUUGAAGAUUUUACGCAUGCAAAUUACAAAACUAA